AUGGUCCAAUGGCCGGGCAAGAACCGGCUGAAGAUUUCUGUCACUCCAAAGAACCCGGGCGACGUCACCAUGAUCGCAGUGCACUACAGCGUGAACAAGGGGCCUGGACAUGAAGAUAUGAACUUUGACAUCAACCAUCCGAUGGAGGGAAGCACCACCUACGUCCACGUGACCCCUGACUUCGGACCUCUGUGCGAGCCGGGCUCGAAGGUGACCUACUGGUUGGCGGCCAUGGAGAAGGGCCUCAUUGUUGAGAUGCCAGAGAAGGAGAUCAAGGGUGAUGACACACCUGUGCUGCAGAGCGUUCUGCAGGCGGACAAAGAACGUGAGUGGCUUCUGAAAGUAGAACAGGAGUUGCUUGAGAAGGAGGAUGAUGGAACUGGCAACGAGCCAAAGGUCAACGGCGUGGGCCUCAUGGAGGUCUACGAGAGACUAGAGGAGCUUGGAAAUGAGGACGCGGAGGCGCGAGCCGCUGUGAUCCUAGCAGGACUUGGCUUCUCUGGUGAGGAUCAGAAUCGGCCCACCAAAGAGUUCAGUGGAGGUUGGCGCAUGCGAAUCGCCCUGGCGCAAUCUCUUUUUGUGCAACCGGAUUUGUUACUGCUGGAUGAGCCUACGAACCACUUGGACGUGCACGCGGUGACCUGGCUGGAAGAGUUUCUGAAGAACUGGGAGAAGACCGUGGUCAUCGUCUCCCACGAUAGGUGCUUCUUGAACAACACCACCACCAACACCAUCUUCUUGCAUCGCAAGAGGUUAUGGUACUACGGUGGCAGCUACGAGACCUUCCUGAGAGUUCGCGCAGAGCAGCGAACCAAUCAGGAGGCAAUCUCCCAACAGCAGCAAAGAAAGGUGGCUCACCUGAAGCAGUUCAUUCAACGCUUCGGGCAAGGGCACAAGAAGAUGGCGAAGCAGGCUCAGAGUCGAAUGAAGAUGCUGACGAAACUGCAAGAAGAAGCGGUAGCGGUAGACUAUGACGACCCCUACCUGCAGCUCGAGUUCCCAGCAGCUUCCACUCUGCCACCGCCGUGUAUCUCUGUCAUCGAGGCAGGCUUCGGCUACACGCCUGACAGAAUACUCUACGAGAAUCUGGACUUUGGGGUGGACUGCGACUCGCGGGUCGCCAUCGUGGGGCCAAACGGAGCAGGUAAGUCGACCUUCUUGAAGCUCCUGGACGGUUCCUUGGAACCCACCAACGGCUUUGUUCGGCGUCAUGCCAAGCUGCAACUGGCCAGGUUCACCCAGCAUCACAUAGAGAUGAUGGAUCCCGACUCCGAUGCUGUGACGCACAUGCGAAAGCUUGGGGCUGGAGGCAUCAAGGAGGACGGAACCAGCGAGGUGACUGUAGAGGAGGCGCGGAAAUACCUGGGCCGUUUCGGUCUCCAUGGGGACCUGGCCCUCCAACCCGUGAAGUUUUUGAGCGGUGGGCAGAAAAGCCGGUUGGCCUUUGCAGAAUUGGCCUGGAGCUCACCUCACAUCAUGCUUCUGGAUGAACCGACGAACCAUUUGGACCUCGAAACCAUUGAGGGCCUCGCAAUGGCACUGAAUAAGUUCGAGGGAGGUGUAGUGCUGGUGAGCCACGAUGAUCGUUUGGUCUACAUGGUGGCAGAUGAGCUUUGGGUCGUCACACCUGGACCCUCCAAGGAUGUUCCUGGAAAAGUCACUGUCUUCGAGGGCUCCUUCGAGGAAUACAGGGAGAUGUUGAGAAAUGAUUUCAUCAACAAGCACCUCACAACUGGCGGUCGGAUCAAGAGGAAGUCCUAG